UCUCUCUGAGUGUUCUAUCUCCCUCUCUCUCUCUCUCCCUCUCUUUCUCUCUUUUAUUACAAUAAAUGACUCUUUUAUAAACCAUAUUAGGAUACAUGGAUUUCGAGAAGAGGCAUAUAAUAGCAGCUUGUAUAGAAGUUCAUGAAAAGGUGGCAUUACUUCAAAAGCAGAACCAACACUAACGUUUGCAAUGUAUCUUUCCAUCAUUAACCGAUAUAUCAUGAAAGAUGAAUUCGAACUUUUUUUUUUACAUUUGGUAAUUUCUAGAGUCACCAAUUACUAGCAAUAUAAUAUUCUUUCAGAAUUCGGCCAUCCUUGUGGCUUCGGUGGUGGUGAACACGUCAACAAUAAGACUCGCAUUCCAAAGUUCCGUGCUCUAAUACUCGGACGUGUAUGUGUCACUGUAGGGUCAGGCGGACUUCACGCUGCUAGUCAAGCUAUAUACUCGAAAUGGGAAAUACCGACUCGUUACCUGUAGUGUCUCAAGUGAAAUCAACAGUGCAGCUUGUCUGCGGAGACACUGAAGGUGCUGCCAAGACUCAAGAAAACUUUCUACGGGAAUGCCCUGUUGUUUCACAAGUAACUUCAACGGUACAGUUGAUAGCCGGUGACGUUGAUGGAGCGAUAGAAACCCAGAAAAGAUGUGGACAGGGGCUACUGAAUGCGGCAGACGGGAUCCCCGUAGUUGGUCAUGCAAAGGGAUUAGUGCAUUACGCUGUUGGAGACACCGAAGGUGGCACGAAAGCAAUGAAGACUGCAACGAGAAGCACAGCUGUUAUCGGUGGUGGUAUUGGAGGUUUUGUCGUCGGUGGUCCUGUAGGAGCAGUUGCUGGAGGAAUUAGUGCAGGCGCUGCAAUGGAUACUACAACCACUGUUGUUGAAAGUGUCAUUCGAGAUGAAUAUUCUCCAAGUGGCUAUCUCGCGGCUAUUGACAACACUGUCAAAAAUCCGAAUCCUGGUGACAUAUUCGAUUUGGCAGUCAUGCCAGUGUUCGAUGGACUGGCUGGUUACAGUGCCGGACAAGCGUACAACAAGAUUACCACCGCUGCUGCUAGGAAAGCCAACAACGUCGCAAUGAGUGAAGCGCUGCAAAAGCAAGGUAUCAACGCGUUUGAAGCUGGUAAGGCGAUGGAAGCGGAAGCAUGGGUCAAAUGGGAGCAGCUUGAAGCACAAGCUGGAAAAAUACCUGAUGGUCAAUAUAUCCAGGAAGCCAAAGCUGCUCAACAGAUGUUCAACAAAGCAAAGUUGUUGCAGGGUGAAGCGUUGGUGCAACCAGUGAAGGGACCUCCCCAGCAAGUCAAUGUGCCAAUUUUUGUUCCUGGCAAUGCCACACAGCAUGACAAAGAAAAAGAUGACGAAGAAGAAGAGCAUAACAAGAAGGAAGUGAAGAUCAAAGUUUUCUAUGUGAAUGCACGCAAGACUGAAGACUGCAGCCAGCUAGAACAGCCGUCACAAACGAGACAAAGGGUCUAUAGAACGAAGCGAGCUGACAGUUCUGAGGACAUCACGAAUGAUGGGGUAGAAGAUACAACACCAGCACUCAUUGAAUUCAUUGCAGCGGACGAGAUGCAUGAGGACGGAACUACAAAGUCUUGCACAUCACUUGAAUCAGCAGUUGUCUCUAGUGAUCAGCGUCUGAUGAAUUCCACAUUGCAAAACCCAUUAUCGUUGGAGCAGCAGACAGUUGGCCUUAUCAAGGAGAGUUGGAGACCAAAGAUCCAGAAAAAUACGCAAAACUUUCACUGCAUUUCGGAAACCGAGGCCGUUCAGCUGCACAAUACGACAGGAUGAAGAAGAGGGGCUUUGAAAAAGAAAAUGUUGAAC